CUCUCGCUCUCGCUCUCGCUCUCGCUCGCAUCCAUGGCGUUUUCGCCAACCGCUCAUCAUGCUCAUCCAUGUACUUCCUCCUUCUCCCACCUCCAUUCCUCUCUGAUACCUCCCUUCAAGCUGCGCGUGCUCCCGCUCGCUUCCUCGCUGAAGCCGAAUCGCUCCCGCGGCCGCGCCGGCGUCCGCGUCCGCGUCGUCCGCGCCUCUUCCGGGACCGCGACUCUCGACUCCGGCAACGGAGCGGUCCUCGCCGCCGCCGACGGGCCGGAGGCCGAUUCGUCUUCCUACGGGAGGCAGUACUUCCCUCUCGCCGCCGUUGUUGGCCAAGAUGCAAUUAAAACUUCUUUGUUGCUUGGUGCCAUUGACCGGGAAAUUGGAGGGAUUGCCGUCUGUGGCAAACGAGGAACAGCCAAGACAAUAAUGGCCCGUGGACUGCAUGCUAUUUUACCACCCAUUGAAGUAGUUGUUGGUUCAAUAGCAAAUGCUGAUCCAUCCUGCCCAGAAGAGUGGGAAGAUGAACUUUCUGAUAGAGCAGAGUAUGAUUCUGCUGGUAAUAUGAGGACAAAGAUUAUAAAAUCUCCUUUUGUUCAGAUUCCACUUGGAGUCACAGAGGACAGACUCCUUGGGUCUGUUGAUGUUGAAGAAUCUGUCAAAACAGGGACAACUGUUUUCCAGCCUGGCCUUCUUGCUGAGGCCCACCGAGGGGUUUUGUAUGUUGAUGAGAUCAAUCUGUUGGAUGAGGGUAUUAGUAAUUUGCUUCUUAAUGUUUUGACUGAAGGAGUCAAUACAGUGGAAAGAGAGGGAAUAAGCUUUAAACAUCCAUGCAAACCGCUUCUAAUUGCUACUUAUAACCCGGAGGAGGGUGCUGUACGAGAACAUCUUCUAGAUCGCAUUGCCAUAAAUUUGAGCGCAGAUCUUCCUAUGAGCUUUGAAGAUCGUGUUGCUGCAGUUGAUAUUGCAACCAAGUUCCAGGAGCAUACUAAUGAGGUUUUUAAGAUGGUGGAGGAGGAAACAGACUAUGCAAAGACUCAGAUCAUUUUGGCUAGAGAGUAUCUGAAAGAUGUCACAAUCAGCAGAGAGCAGUUGAAGUACUUAGUGAUGGAAGCCCUUCGAGGUGGUUGUCAGGGACAUAGAGCUGAGCUGUAUGCUGCCCGAGUUGCAAAGUGCUUGGCUGCUUUAGAAGGGCGUGAAAAAGUUAACGUGGAUGACCUUAAAAAAGCUGUGGAGCUUGUGAUCCUUCCUCGUUCAAUUGUUAGUGAGAACCCACCAGAACAAAAUGACCAACAGCCUCCUCCACCACCUCCUCCGCAAAAUCAGGAUUCUGGGGAGGAGCAAAAUGAAGAGGAAGAUCAAGAGGAUGAGAGUGAUGAAGAGAAUGAACAGCAGCAAGAACAGCUACCUGAGGAGUUCAUCUUUGAUGCCGAAGGUGGUUUGGUCGAUGAGAAGCUCCUCUUCUUUGCUCAGCAAGCGCAGAGACGUCGAGGGAAGGCUGGUCGAGCAAAGAAUGUUAUAUUUUCUGAGGAUAGAGGCCGGUAUAUCAAGCCCAUGCUUCCAAAGGGUCCGGUGAAGAGGUUAGCUGUUGAUGCUACCCUAAGAGCGGCUGCACCAUAUCAGAAGCUGCGCAGGAUGAAGGAUGUCCAUAAGAGUAGGAAAGUGUAUGUAGAGAAAGCUGAUAUGAGGGCAAAAAGAAUGGCUCGGAAAGCUGGAGCAUUGGUAAUAUUUGUGGUUGAUGCAAGUGGAAGUAUGGCUCUGAACCGAAUGCAGAAUGCCAAAGGUGCAGCCCUUAAGUUGCUGGCUGAGAGCUAUACAAGCAGAGAUCAGGUCUCUAUUAUUCCUUUCCGUGGAGAUGCUGCAGAAGUUCUCCUGCCUCCUUCCAGGUCAAUUUCGAUGGCAAGAAAGCGUCUUGAGAGACUUCCCUGUGGUGGAGGUUCUCCCCUGGCUCAUGGUCUUACCACGGCCGUGAGGGUUGGGUUAAAUGCAGAGAAGAGUGGUGAUGUUGGACGUGUGAUGAUUGUUGCCAUAACUGAUGGUAGAGCAAAUAUAUCUCUGAAAAGAUCCACUGACCCCGAAGCUGCUGCUGCUAAUGAUGCUCCAAGGCCCUCAUCACAAGAGUUAAAGGAUGAAAUCCUUGAAGUGGCUGGGAAGAUAUACAAAACGGGGAUGUCGCUCCUCGUAAUUGACACAGAAAACAAGUUUGUUUCCACUGGUUUCGCUAAGGAGAUAGCCAGAGUCGCGCAAGGUAAAUAUUAUUAUUUGCCCAAUGCUUCAGAUGCCGUCAUCUCAGCCACGACAAAGGAGGCUUUAUCAUCCUUGAAGAACUCUUAAUGCCGAGGACGCUCUCUUCCGUGUUUUCUGGGGUACCUAGCAGACCCCAAGACUACGCCGCCAUUUCCCUUUAUCGCUGAAGCUCGAGUCGUAGUGAGCAGUGAGCCAAGUUUCAUGAGCUAAGAUCAAACUUAAUUUCAGAAAAUUGAGGUCAGGAAGGAGAAACGGACGAUUCUUCGAUCCAAGGCAAACUUACUACGCAUGUUCUCUUCGGCUUUCUUAGCAUUAGCAGUCAGCACAGCACUCCAAAAAUGAAAUAUGAAUGUGAAUGCUCUCUUUUUUUAA